GCCUGGAUUAGCUAAUAACAGAAUGGCCGUUAUCAGACCAAGAAUUAAAUUGUGCCAAACUCCAGCGCAAAAGAUUCUUAAUCUACCACCGAUGGAAAUUUUUCUAAGUUGAUCUUCAGAAAUAUCGACAUAAGCAAUUGUAUUUUAUAUUAAUUUAUUUGUUGGACUGAAUUUCUGGACUUCGGCAUCAACAUGGUUCAUGGAAUAAUGAAAUUGAUUAAAUUUGUCUUCGGAUUUGUUAAUUUAGUUCUUGUGUGCUUUGCCCUUGGAUUAAUUGUCUUGGCAGCCAAUUGGAAGGCCGAGAUAAUACCGAUGGGCCACAUUGAAAGUCUUGGGAUCACUGAGAGAGCGGCAACAGCGUUGAUCAUAAUUGGUUGUAUUCUAUUUGUCAUCGCUUUCCUUGGUUCUUAUGGAGCUUUCGCUGAGAAUCAAUGUAUGCUUUUGACCUUCGCUGUUCUCAUAUUUCUCUUCCUUCUCAUUGAAUUUAUUCUCGCUGGAUUAUUUGUCACCUAUGGUCGACAUGAAGCUCAUGUCAAUGAUAUGGUUCGUAAACAAAUGGAGCAAUUUGUGAAAGAAUAUAACAAUGAGAAUGCUAAGGAUCCUCUGAAUACUCCCAUGGAUGAAAUUCAAAAGUAUCUUAAAUGCUGUGGUGUUUAUGGGCCCGAUGAUUGGGAAAAAAAUGGCACCAAAUUUUUACCUCAAACUUGUUGUCAUGAUGAACUUGAAGAUGGACGUCGAGCAAGUGACCGGUGUAGCGGUGGCAAAUACGUGGCCGUAGUCGGUUGUAUGAACCAAGCGAGCAACAUGUUGAAAGAAAAUGUCUUCAUUGUCGGUGGAACGGCUUUACUUCUCGCAUUGGUUGAGUUAAUUUCCAUUUCGAUUGCUUAUUGUCUCUCGUGUGCUAUUCGUGGUUCCAGUGACAUUGAUUGAAAAGAAUCGUUCAGCUUACUGAUAUGAUUCUAAUCGAAUCUUCCCAUGACAACAAUAACCAAAAAAAGAAAAGCAUUUAAACUUGUAGAUUCUUCCAACUUUUUGGAUAUUUCAACCCACCUUCAACAUCCUCAUCAUCAUUUGCGUGUGUUCAUCAUCUUAAUGUUGACUGAUUGUCGUCCGUCAUCGUCUAUGUCGCUCUUUUUUUGUGCCUUACCUGUCGCUCUAAAUCAUACACCUUGACAUAGACAACGAUUACUUUUCCAAUCUUCAAUUGCCAACGAUAAUAUUUCCUGUUGUGCUUCACAAUUAACCUCAUCAUUUUAUCAUCUAUGCUAAUACUCAAUCUUCAAUUUCUUUUUAAUUCUAGUCGUUAAUUAAUUUCUCUCAUCAUCUUUCUUAUCGACCUUAAAACUCACAUUUAAUUUCCUUUUUUUUUCAUCUAAUUUAAACCGGGAUUCUCUCUAUCUCUCUCUCAUUUAAACAAAUCUAACAACCAUAUACUCUCAAUACAAUUGUCCAAACCCAAUUGUAACAAAUUAACAUUUAACUAUAAUCAUCGUGACAAAAAACGUUCUUUACCAUUAAUUCCAUUCUAACUAUCGCCCAAUUUACCUUUUUCAUCACUUUUUCAUUUCUUUCAUCUUCAUCAUCAAUUUUAACUCAAUUAUAAUUAAUUGACUCAACUUUUUUCUCUCUUCUCUUGAAAAUUGUAACAAUUUGCUAACCAUUUCUUGUAACGAUGUAAUUGUAUAAUUAACGAAUUGAUGUAUGUAUUUGUAUCUCAAUGAUAAUAUAAACCGAUUUGGGAUAAAAUAUAGAGCACAAAUUUUGGCCAAUUUAUCAUUUCUAAUGGUUCCAA